UGAUGUUCUCCAGCGCUGAAGAUUUGGGACUCAAACUUUUAAAAAAGAAGUAAAAAGUGCUCAGGGAUCAAUUUUAACUUACAGGUAACAGUUUAAAGUUAUUACACAGUUACACCGUAUAUUGAACUAUUGAAUCUCAGCAUAUCGUUAUUUCGCGUAUGAGGAUUUGAAUUGUUUGGGGAUGUCUACAUCUCAGAAGCACAAAAGCUUUGUUUCAGAGCCUAUUUCGCAGAAAGUUGUUGAGGAACUCCCAGGAAUCGGUGAAAAGCUUGGAGAAAGACUUAAAGCCAAAGGAUAUGACAAGGCUUACGUCGUUCUAGGACAGUUUCUUCUCCUGCGAUGCGAAGAAGACCUGUUUAAGGAAUGGCUUUCCCAGACAUGUGGUGCUAACUCGAAACAGUCCGGGGAUUGUUACACUGCAUUGAAAGAUUGGUGUAGUUGUUUUAUAUUCUGAUUAUACUGCGAAGACAAUUAUGUAAAUCACUUUUGUUAUAUGCACCUUAUUUUUCUCCACAUAAAUUGACUCUGUUACCAUCUAUUUUGUGUUCCACAGAUUUAUGCAUUAAAAUACUCGGUGAAAUACACUGUUAUGUAACCAUU